AUGCAGGUCGUGGCUUCAAUAUGCGAGCUUUCUAUCCCGCAUUAUGCAACGAAGUCCAUUUUUUCAGCGUCGGAGGGGACUGGUUCGUCGGCGUUUAGCGGCUAUUUGUCCACCUUGACGGUAGGUCGCCUGCUGCUUUUUGCGAGUCUCGCCCGCCGUGAGACGGCCUUCUUCGACGGGGAAGACGUGGGCAAUUUAACCUCUCGGCUACAAGCAGACUGCCAGGCCAUGACCAAAGUCAUCGCUACGAACGCAAAUAUCGCCAUCAGAAAUCUUUUGCAGGCCGUGGGCGGUAUAGCGUACCUGUACGUGCUGUCGCCAUCGCUCUGUGCCAUUACGGUAGCCAUCAGCGCGAUCCUGUGGGCAGUGACCUUGGUUUACGGCGCCUUCGCCAAGCGGAUGCAGAAGAUUUUCCAAGACGUCCUGGCGGAGAGCAAUACGGUGGCGGAGGAGGCGCUGACAAUGUCACGGGUGGUGCGUACCUUCGGUACCGAAAGCACAGAGACGCGGCGCUACACUUCUUGGCUCGACCGGCUGUACCAAGUGGGCAAGCGCCAGGCGGCGGGCUAUGCGCUGUUCGUCGCCGCGGGCCACAUUGCCUGCUACGCAUCCAAGGUGGCGGCGCUCGCGGUCGGGUGCGGCAUGGUGCUGAACGGGAGCUUGACGGCGGAGCAGUUGACAAACUUUAUCAUGUGGGUUGAUUGGGGCCGAAUAUUGGGGUGGCGCGCCUGCUUGGCCCUUCACCGCACCCUUGCGGUCCCAUGGCUUGGUACUUCCUUGCAGGCCGUGGGCGCCAGUGAGCGUGUGGUGGCAAUGCUGGGAGCGCCGCCCGCACCGCAGAUUGCCGCUGGGGCCACGUUACCGUCAUUCCGUGGACAGGUCACCCUGCGGGACGUGUUCUUCAGCUACCCGAGCCGACCCGGCACUCUGGCGCUGGAUGGAGUUUCGUUGACGUUCCAACCCGGGAAACUUACUGCUCUGGUAGGGCUCAGCGGCAGUGGGAAGACCACGGUGUGUGCUCUGCUACAGCGGCUGUACGACCCUACGGGGGGUCAGAUGCUGCUGGACGACACGCUUGAGCUUCAAAAAGCGGAUGCGGCCUGGUAUCGCGCACAAAUAGGUGUCGUGCCACAGGAGCCUCGGCUAUUCAGCCGCAGCAUUGCCGCAAAUAUUACGUACGGAAUGGAGCACGACCCACCCAGCCAGGAAGAUAUCGAGGAGGCCGCGCGCGCCGCCAACGCCCACGACUUCAUCAUGGCCUUGCCGGAGGGCUACAGUACACUCGUAACGGACAAGUUACUGUCGGGCGGACAGAAGCAGCGGCUGGCUCUGGCGCGGGCAUUAGUUCGCAAGCCCAAGCUGCUUGUCCUUGACGAGUUCUCCUCGGCGCUUGAUGCUGAGUCAGAGGCUCAGGUCCAUGUGGCCCUGGACCGGGCUAUGAGCGCCCGUGACCGCACCGUGGUGGUCAUUGCACAUCGCCUGUCUACAGUACGCCAUGCUGACUGCAUCAUCGUAAUGGAUAAGGGCAAGGUUUACGAGAUGGGGGGCCACCAUGAGCUACUUGCACGUCGCGGCAUUUACUGGCAACUCGUCUGCAGGCAGCAGUACGGUAUUGAC